AUGUUGACUGGUUUGAUUUUGAUGGCCGCUACUGUGGCUGCCGAGCCUACGCACUUGCAAAAAAUCCUUGCUGCCAUUAGCGGCAACGAUGGAAUCCCUGCUGCCAAGUGGAACGAAUUGACCUUCUUGGAGCGGGUCAAAAUUCACGACUGGACCAAGGAGCUUUUUAUCUUUGCCGUGUUUGGUGUUUACUUUGCUAUCCAUUUCUGGGGCGUCAGUACUAACCGCAAGCAUGUCGAUCGUUUCAUGGGGGCCGCUGAGCCUGUCAUUGCCGAGCAGUUCGCCAUGGUUGGCUGCACUCCGCAGAUGAAGAUUGUCAAGGACUCUGCGGUGCGUUACACAACUUAUGCCAGUGGCCGUGUCAAUAUUGAGAGUCUUCUUGUUCGCUUCUACGCUCUCGAGCGCCAGAACCUUAUUUUGAACACCAUCGGUUUGUUUUUCCCAGCGGCUCGUUCGCUCGAGGGCCUUCGUGAUCACGCCCUUGUCACUCUUACUCCUCAUGACCCUACGGCGAUUGAGCCCCAGAUUUUCGCUGUUGUCUCAAAGUUCGGCAUGCAGCAAGCCCGCGAGGACAAUUACUAUCUGUCUUUGACUCGCACAACUGAGUCGUCCAAGCUGCCCGCCUCGUUGGUGUUUAUGGCCGAGCAUAAUGAGAUCAUUGAAAGUAUUUUCACUGGUACCUUGGCUGAGGCUAUCACUAAUGCCGAGGAUAUCCUUGAGUACUUUGCUAUCACUGAUCAGGGCAUUGACGCCCCUACAGAGGUUUCCGAGGUCGCCCCCAAGAUACGGGUCUAUCUUUCCGUUCGCUAUCCGUCGAACAAGGCUCAGUCCGAAGCUCUCGCCAAGCUCGUUGAUGCUGCUAUCAACGCUGUCGAUUUCAUGAUCAACAAAAAGCCUUUGCGUAGCGAGGUGGCCCGUAAGAUCCGGGCCUCUCGUGAGGAGCAGAUCAAAAAGAUCGAAAAGGCUGCCGAAGCCCUUAAAAAGGAAGAGCUUGAGGCCAAGAAGGCUGAAGAGCGUCGUGAGCAAGCCAAACAGCAGAACAGCCUCAGCGAGAAGGAAGAACGUAAACUCGCCAAAAAGCAGCAGGAAAAAGAGGCCCGUAAGCAGCGCGCUCGUAUGACUCGCCGCCAGUAA